AUGCCUGCCCAUCCCCAAAACAGCGACAGCUGGGUUGUUGACGAUGACGACGGCCAGUUCCAAACCGGCACGUUCAUCGACGCGAGACCGCACCAGUUCAGCCAGACCAACACACCCUCCAACCAGGCUGCCCAGUGCACAACGUGGGGCCGAAAUAACAUGACCGGCGCCGGUGCUUUAUCCUCUGCGGUUCCCGCGUCGAGGGGUUUCAGCUUGGGGUUCGACUAUCACGUCAACCCCGAUGGCUAUCCAAUGGACAAUCCUUAUAACAACCCCUACCACGACGGCCACAACGCCGAGGUCUAUCGCGUCGACCACAAGCCCCCCUCCAACAUCACCGACGAGACCGUCAUCGGCCCCAACGCCGAGCCCAACGCCGGCCUCGAUCUCAGCAUCAGCCUGACGCCACUGGUCGGCUCCCCCGUCAUGCCCCCCGCUCACCCAACCCUUACCCAGCACAACAUGUCCCUCCACCAGCGCGAGCUCGAACAAUUUCACACCCCGAAUCUCGAACACUGGGCCGCAGCCACCGGCACCGUCGGUUUCACUUCAGAUUCUCGCGCCGCCGCCCAGGCUCGUCGUCAUCAUCGCGGCCACCGAGCCCACCUCUCCGUGUCGUCGAUGGGGUCGGCAUCGGGGUCCCGUGCGGCCCCACCUUCGUUGCCGCGGCCCGGUUCGUCGUUGCUGUCGCUGUGUGGGUCAGAGUUCUUGGUCGUGGAGGGUCACAAUGGUUCGGUGUAUGGUGAUGAGUAUGAGGGUGGUGGAGAGGCCGGGACGGCGAGAGUGGCCGCGGAAGAUGUGAUGGGAACUGGGACGUGGUGUGGGUGA